AUGGGGAUUAACAUUAAAAGUUCACUGUUCAUAGCGCCAUGUCACUUUGCAGAGGCUUUGCUGCAAAGAAAUUUAUGUAUCGUUUCAGAAUCAAAAAUUGAUCUUCUGAAAGUGGAAGAUCCAGUAUUUGUGCGUGAAUUCGAUCGACCAAGAAUUUUACCAUAUGCGCAUUCCCUUGUUUCUAUUGGAGAAAGAGAAGUCGAGAAAGGACCAUCUGUCCUUGCCAAGAAAGGGUUAGUGGACAAGGCGGGUGCAUUCGACGACUUCGAUCAUUUCGAUUUUGAGAAGGCAUUUUCAAACGAGGACGACAGCAAAGAAGAUGAGGACAAAAAAACUACCCCCAAUUGA